AUCCAAACUACAUUGCCCUUCUCUCCUCCUCCCUCAUUUUUGUUCUUCCACUCCAAUUCUUGUGGCGGCUGCAACCAAGCAGCGGCAUCAAUCACCAACUACGGUCUUCAAUCACCAACUACGGUCUUCAAUCACGACGGUUCUCUCAAUUGUUCGAUAAUCUCCUUCAAUCAAUUUACUCCGUCCGAUCCUUUGGGAGAGAUGUCAUUGCCGCACCAAGUACACAACGUUUGCCUUGGGUUACCCCCGGAUUUCUUGUCGCCUUUCAGAUUUAAUUGCGUGGAUGCAAUUACAAAUUCGAUCGUAGUUUCUCUGUCUAAAUUACAUGUUAUCUGUCUCCUUGAAGAUGCGAAGGGUAAUGUUAAACUGGUGAGUGGUUCUAUUCAAACAAUCGACGUCUGGAGUAACAACGGCGUCAGAUACUAUGUUGAAUUCAAUGACCUUUACCAACCGCUUAGGAAAGGUGGCCAAAUGUUGGUCAGAUUCAUUGGUAGUAUUGCAAAGGUAGAGACAUACUGUCCACUUGGAGAAGGGGAGUGGUCUGAUAUCGAUGUAGAUGUAAAAGCUAAGAUGAUAGACCAGAUAAGAGAUCGCUUUGUUAUUCCUGAUCAUCCGGAAUAUAACAAACAAAUCUUAAAGCGUGCCAAUAAAAGUUGGAGGUAGUAUAAACACUCUCUUAAGGUGACUUACUACAAACCAGAUGAGAAAACACUCGCUCAGAUGUGCGAUGCUGUGCCACGACAUGGAAUUAGCAUUGCUCAAUGGAGAAAGUUGGUUAAGUAUUGGGCUUCGGAUGAAGGGCAAAUUAUGUAGUAGAUUAUGGCUGAUAUGUGUAGCCGGCUAAAAUGGCUGAUAUGUGUAGAUUAUGACUGGUACCAUUAUUCUGACAAGAAACUUUCAGAAUAUGGAAAGGCUGCACGGGCCGCUCAAAAUCAAUUUCAUAGAUCUGGUUCCAACAGCUAUGCGAAUCAACAAGCUGAUUAUGAAGACGAGCAUGGAAAAAAAAUGAGCUUAUUAGCCCUUUGGAUAAAGUCUCAUUCCGGCAAGGACGGGACCUUUCUUCCAGGCACAGUCACUGAAGAUUUUGUGGAUGAUGCACAGGCUAAGAUUGAAAUGUUGAAGACUAUAGACCCUACCAAACCUGAACAGGAACUUGGAAAUGCAGCUUUUGAGGACACUAUGCAUGGUGGACAGAUUCCCGUACGCCCUGUAGGGUACGGACUUGGAGUUCAAAAGAGCGACGUUUACGGGGUGCAUGGUGUACUAAGGAAGCAAGGGUAUGGGAAAGUUCGAGAGAGGACCGUGGUGAUGGAAAGUGUGAAAGAAGACGUGUCAGCUCUCAGCAAGAAAAAUGUAACACUUGAGAAGGAAAAUGGAAAGCUGCAAGCCCAAGUUAAUCAACUUGUAGGUCAAGUUCGUACAGGAACUACUUCAAUCAACAGAAUCUCUACGUUUAGCACAAGAAGUCUUGUCCAUGUCACACAAUAGGAUCGUCCAACGUGAUAAAGGAGCAACGAAAUAAUGAAGCAACCUGGAACACUUGAGCUUCAUAUUAGCUAUUACUCCCUCCGUCUCGGAAUACUCGUAACGUUUUGACUGGACACGCUUGCCAAUGCACAACUUUGACCACCAAUAUCUUUAACUACAUAUUAUAAAAACUUAUAAAAUAAUAUUUUGAAAAUAUAUAUUAAGAUGAAGCUAACAAUAUAUUAUAUACUAACAAUUAUUUUCAUAUACUUGAAAUAAAAAAAAGUGAAUUAUGUGAAUAAUGCAAAAAGUCAAACCGUUUCGAGUAUUCCGUGACGGAGGAGUACGAACAAUCGUCUAUAAAUGUAUCGCUAGUUCCUAAUUACUUAAUCUAGGCUUUAUUUUCUUUUACGUACUAUAAAUUUUAGUUUUUAUAGGCUUUAUUUUCUUUUACGCACUGUGAAUUUUAGUUUCUCUAGGCUUUAUUUUCUUUUACGUACUAUGAAUUUUAGUUUUUCUAGGCUUUAUUUUCUUUUACGUACUGUGUAUUUUAGUUUCUCUAGGCUUUAAAUAUAUUAAUAAUAUGAAUGUGUGCACGUACUAUGGAUUUUACUA